GGAAGAGAUGAUAAACACACUCACACACACGGUUAAGUUCUGUGCUGUGGUGAAUGUGCGUUCAAGGGCUGGUGUGUAUUGUCUCCAUUCUCUGGGAAAAGUAUGCAAAGUUAUGUGUUGAGUGUGUCCCGCAGUAUGUGCGUGUCUGCGGAGAUAGGAGUUUGUGUUGUGUGUUGUUAAUGGGCCUCUCAUUGUGAGGAUGAGUGACUCGUUGGAGAGGACCACCGACACCCCUCUGCCUGGGCCCUCAGAGAAAACCCCCAGAGAAGGCUCUGACCCUGGGGAAGAGGGUGAAGGGGGUGAUGUAAGUGGGAUGCGUUGGGAAGAUGGAGGGCUGUCUGUGGAGCUUCAGAGGGGGAUGGAGACGCUUCGUGUGAGUGGAGAGCUGACCGACGUGACUCUGCGAGUUCAGGAACAGGACUUCCCCUGCCACAGAGCUGUGCUCGCCGCCGCCAGCCACUACUAUAGGGCGAUGUUCUGCAGUGGUCUGAGAGAGAGUCAUGAGAAGCAGGUGGAGAUUAAAGGGGUGGACAGUGAGACCAUGAAGACUCUACUGGACUACACCUAUACCAGCCGAGCCACCAUCACACACACCAACGUCCAGAGAACACUGGAGGCCGCCAGCCUGUUCCAGUUUCCUCGUGUAGUGGAGGCAUGUGCAGGGUUCCUGGCUGACUCUCUCCAGCCAGAGAGCUGUGUAGGUGUACUGCGUCUGGCUGAGGCCCAUUCAUUGCCUGCACUGAGAGACAGGGUCCAGGACUACCUGGUUUCAGAGUUCUCCAGAGUGGUUCAGCAUGAGGAGUACCUGGAGCUGCCAGCGGGGGCGUUGCAGAACGCUCUGAAGAGAGAUGACCUGGGAGUGACACGGGAGGAGAGUGUGUUUGAGGCUCUGAUGCGCUGGGUGCGAGCAAAGGAGGAGGAGAGAUGCCUCCUACUAGCUGGUCUUCUGUCAUACGUGCGUCUGCCACUGCUGGAGCCGGCUUACUUCCUGGAAACGGUGGAGGCCGACCAGCUGAUUCGCCGCUGUGACGAGGCCUUCACCCUACUGCAGGAGGCCCGCACCUACCACCUGUCAGGCAACGAGGUGGUCACGGAGCGUACCAAGCCUCGUUUACAGCACUACCUAUCUGAGGUGUUCAUGAUCAUCGGUGGCUGCACCAAAGAGGAGCGCUUCGUUGCCACUGUGACCUGCCUUGACCCUCUGCGCCGCAGCCGACUGGAAGUCGCCAAGCUGCCAAUCACAGAGAUGGAGGAGGAGUCCCACAACCGGAAGUGGGUGGAGUUUGCUUGUGUCACCUUCCGGAAUGAGGUGUUCAUAUCCGGUGGAAAAGAGACACAGCACGAGGCGUGGAAGUACAACGGUGCCCUGGACAGGUGGAUCCCCAUUGAGCCCCUGGUGACUGGGCGCUGGAGACACAAGAUGGCGGUUCACGGGGGGAAGGUGUAUGCCCUGGGGGGGUUCGAUGGGACUCAGAGACUCACCAGCGUGGAAGCCUACGACACAUUUCACAACCGCUGGACACCGGUCAGUCUGUCUGCCCCGCCCCUCCUGUUGGGCGUCAGCUCAUUCGCUGCAGCAAGCUUCAAUAAGUGGAUCUUUGCGAUCGGGGGAGGGCCAAACGGGAAGCUGGCCACUGAUAGGCUGCAGUGCUGGGAGCCAGGGACUGAGAGCUGGGGCCUGCGGUCGCCCAUGCCCAUCGAGGCUAAAUGUACUAAUGCUGUCACCUUCAGGGAACACAUCUAUGUAGUUGGCGGUGCCAUGCAUGCUCUGUACUGCUACUCCCCCCAGUCAGACAGCUGGUCUAUGGUGACCCGGCUGGGCGAGAGGGCGAGCUGCGCCAUCGCAGCCUGUAACAACAAACUAUUCAUCACUGGUGGCCGUGACGACAAGAACCAGGUCAUCUCCACGGUGAUGUGCUGGGACCCAGUCACAACCACAAUGACAGAGGAAUGUGUGUUACCGCUUGGUGUCUCUCACCAUGGAAGCGUCACACUCCACAAGUCCUACACGCACAUACACAGGAUAGCACCUGCAACCGUGUCGGUGUGACAGAGAGCUGGGACUAUGUGUGUGAGAAUGAAUGUGUGGAAAAAAACAUAGGUGGAUGAGGAGCAUGGACUGUGUGUGGGUGUCGGAUUUUUUACUUAUUGUAAGUUGUCUGUGAAAUAAUGUAAUGCUGAGUUUAGUCUCAUAACAUUUUAGUGUAAUAUCACAUACAAACCGGUACCACUAAAUACAUCUAAAAAUGACA